AUGGCGCUAUUCAAUGCACUAUCACUUCCUGAUGACAAUGAUGCUUUAAAGCACCGUCUAUUACAAGUAGCAACACAAUUUCAACAAUACUUUGGACAGCCUUCUACUGGUGUUACACGUGCUCCUGGACGUGUGAAUCUCAUUGGAGAACAUGUGGAUUAUCAAGGAUACGCAGUACUACCGAUGGCCAUUGAUCAAAGUGUUUAUGUCGCUUUUAAUAGCAUUCAAGAUGACAGGAAUCAAGAAGGCCCGAAGAUAAUUCGUCUAGCAAACGUGAAGCCACAAUACAAAGCUAUUUACUUGUGUAUGGACGCGACAGAGCAGAAGAACAUGCAAAAACUUGACCAGGAAGGAGCUGUUUGGGCCAAAUACGUAUUGUGUGGGGUGCUGGGGAUUCAAGAUACUUAUCCUGAGCUGUUUUGUGGUAAGAAGACGGAAUUGCAGAUGCUCGUAGAUGGAGAUAUUCCUGCUGGUUAUGGUUUGUCUAGCUCCAGUGCAUUGGUGGUAGCAGCUGCGUUAGCCACAUUUAGCGCACGAAAACAAUCAGGACAGGAGUUUCUAAGUAGAAUGGAGCUGGCGGAACUAUGUCGACGGGCAGAACAACAUGUUGGGACAAUGGGAGGUGGAAUGGACCAGGCCGUAGCAUGCUUGGCACACCGUGGUGCUGCCUUGCAUCUUGAUUUCUCAAGCGUCCCAGCAAAAAGUAACCUAGUCAAAGUACCGGAUGCUGCUGUUGGAGUAACGUUCGUGGUAGCGAACUGCUUGGUAGUAGCGGAGAAAGCAGUUGACGCACCAAGUCGCUAUAAUAAACGCGUCGUCGAAUGUGCCCUUGCUGCAAAACUGAUUGCGAAAAAGGCGGGCAUCGAUGACUGGAGAAAUAUAACGCGUCUUGUGGACGUUCAAAUGACACUGUGCGGCACUGAGGAGCGCACACGCUUUGACAAAUUACAACAACUUGCACUAGCUUCCUGUUCGUUGAAGGAAUACUCGACAACCGAGCUGGAAGCCGAGUUCGGUGAGCCAAUUGCGAAACUUUUUAUUGACUCUUCCCUGGAAGCAGCAAUGAAGGCAGUUGUUGCUUCUGCCUCAUCAUUCAAGCUGCAACAAAGAGCACUACACGUGUGGGGUGAGGCUGAACGUGUUAAGCAGUUUCAAACAAUAUGCGCUUUCCUGACAAGACAAGUACAGCCACGGUCCGACAAGGAGAUCGAGCAGCCAUCUUACAUACGCAAACAGCUGGAAUGUCUUGGCAAAGUCAUGCUAUCAAGCCAUUUGAGCUGUCAGAUGUUGUACGAAUGCAGUUGCCCAGAACUUGAUGCUCUGGUUGAUGCUGCUAUGAACGCUGGUGCUUUGGGAGCACGUCUUACUGGUGCUGGGUGGGGAGGUUGUAUCGUAGCACUUGUCCAAAGUGCCAAGGUGGCCGGCUUUAUGAAAGAUGUUCAGUCCAAUUACUACAGCAAGCGCAGUAUAACAUCAGCUGAAGCAUCCGGUGCCCUGUUUGAGUCGGCUCCAGCUCCUGGUGCAAACAUUUUCACGUUUGAGAUGAACUAUAUUCCCUCGUAA